CGGAGCUCCGCGGCGUUUGCAGCCGGCCCGGCAGCCGUGGGGCUCAGUGCGGGCGAGCUCGACUCGGAAGCUAGAAACAGAGCCAGCGGCCAAGGAUCGGCGGCGUCUCCGCCCUGCGCACCCGGGAACCAGCGCCCGGGUCUCCGCACCCAUCCUGGCCAGGGAGCGGCCAGGAGGACACUUCUGAUUUUGGAUGAAAGGGGUGAGUCCAGGCACGAGCCUCCCUCCCGGCCUGGCUCGCCGCGCCUCCGUGCGCCCCAGCUCUGGCCCGGGCUCUGGAAGAUGACUUCAGGCUCUACCCGGUGCCAUCCAGCGGUGGCAGCGUGCUCGGGUAGCCCGGAGUGGUAACCUCGGGAGCAGCGCCCGGGGUCCGAGUGCGCCGAGGCGGGGAUCCCGCCGCUUGCCGCCUUCCUGCCCCGGCUCCCCGGCGGCCGCAGCAUGAGGUGGCGCAGCGAUGGCCAGGAGAGGUAAGAAGCCCGUGGUGCGCACGCUGGAGGACCUGACGCUGGACUCGGGUUAUGGUGGCGCGGCGGACUCGGUGCGCUCCUCCAACUUGUCCCUGUGCUGCUCCGACUCACACCCGGCGUCCCCGUAUGGCGGGAGCGGCUGGCCGCCCCUAGCUGACUCCAUGCACAGCCGGCACGACAGCUUUGACACCGUCAACACUGCCCUGGUGGAGGACUCUGAGGGGCUGGACUGCGCCGGCCAGCACUGCCCGCGGCUGCUGCCGGACCUCGACGAGGUGCCCUGGACGCUGCAGGAGCUCGAGGCGCUGCUGCUGCGCGCCCGCGACCCCCGCAUCGGCCCCUCGGUCCCCAGCGGGCUCCCGAGGGACGCACUGGCCCGGCUGUCGGUGCUGGUGAGCCGCGCGCUCGUGCGCAUCGCUAAGGAGGCGCAGCGCCUGAGCCUGCGCUUCGCCAAGUGCACCAAGUACGAGAUCCAGAGCGCCAUGGAGAUCGUGCUGUCCUGGGGGCUGGCAGCACACUGCUCCGCCGCCGCGCUGGCCGCUCUGUCGUUGUACAAUAUGAGCAGCGCGGGCGGAGACCGCCUGGGCCGCGGCAAGUCGGCGCGCUGCGGCCUCACCUUCUCCGUGGGCCGCGUGUACCGCUGGAUGGUGGACAGCCGCGUGGCGCUGCGCAUCCACGAGCACGCCGCCAUUUACCUGACGGCCUGCCUGGAGAGCCUGUUCCGGGACAUCUACGCGCGCGUUGUGGCCUCGGGGCUGCCUCGAGGCUGCGGCGGCCCGGGCUCCGGCUCUAGCUCCAGCUCUGGCCCGGGCCCGGGAGCAGCGCCCUCUGCAGACGCGGAGCGCGAGGCUGCCGGAGGGGGCGCGGCGGGCGGCGGUGCUGGCAGCGCCCCCAGUAGCGCAAGCGGGGGCAGCAGCUGCUGUGUCCCGCCGGCCCAGGCCACAGCCGCAGCCCCGCCGGCCGCCGCCGCCAACCACGGCCACGCGCACCAUGUGCUGCACGAGGCACCGCGUUUCACAGUGGAGACGCUGGAACACACAGUCAACAACGACUCGGAGAUCUGGGGGCUGCUGCAGCCCUACCAGCACCUCAUCUGCGGGAAGAACGCCAACGGGGUCCUGAGCCUGCCCGAAAGCCUGAACCUGCACCGCGAGCCUCAGCGGGCGGCCAAGCCAGGGGAGCUGUCCAUGUUCAGCCAGUCGGAGCUGCGGACCAUCGAGCAGUCCCUGCUGGCCACGCGCGUGGGCAGCAUCGCCGAGCUCAGUGACCUGGUGUCCCGCGCCAUGCACCACCUGCAGCCGCUGCAUGCCAAGCAGCACGGCAACGGCACACCCCUGCACCACCGGCAGGGCGCGCUCUACUGGGAGCCCGAGGCGCUGUACACACUCUGCUACUUCAUGCACUGCCCACAGAUGGAGUGGGAGAACCCCAACGUGGAGCCAUCCAAGGUCAGCCUGCAGGUGGAGAGGCCCUUCCCCGAGGAGAUAGUCCUCGGGAGCAGCAGCACUCGCCAUACCAGGAGCCCAUUACAGGGACUCCCCCAUGUCACCUGCCUCUCCGCAAACAAUGAGCUCCCUGAACCACAGUCAGACACCUCACUCUUCUCCAGCCUGAGAGACAAAACCAAUGAGGGCGGCAGUGGGGGCCGUGUGGGUGAUGGAGAGGCUGCGCCGUUCAUGGAGCUUUGCUCCCAUCUGGACAAAGGCAGGGCCGAUGACUGCUUCUGCGCCUCCCGGAAGCUGGACGCGGUGGCCAUCGAAGCCAAGUUCAAGCAGGACCUGGGCUUCCGGAUGCUGAACUGCGGGCGGACAGACCUGGUGAAGCAGGCCGUGUCCCUGCUGGGGCCGGACGGCAUCAACACCGUGAGCGAGCAGGGCAUGACCCCCCUGAUGUACGCCUGCGUCCGUGGGGACGAGGCAAUGGUUCAGAUGCUGCUGGACGCCGGAGCGGACCUGAAUGUGGAGGUUGUCAGUACUCCUCAUAAAUAUCCAUCUGUCCACCCCGAGACCCGCCACUGGACGGCUCUGACUUUUGCCGUGUUGCACGGACAUAUUCCUGUAGUUCAGCUGCUCCUGGACGCCGGGGCCAAGGUGGAGGGCUCGGUGGAGCAUGGCGAGGAGAACUACUCCGAGACGCCCCUGCAGCUGGCAGCCGCUGUGGGAAACUUUGAGCUGGUUAGCUUGCUGCUGGAGCGGGGUGCAGACCCCCUAAUAGGAACCAUGUACAGGAAUGGGAUUUCCACCACCCCCCAGGGGGACAUGAACUCGUUCAGCCAGGCCGCAGCUCACGGACACAGGAAUGUGUUCCGCAAACUGCUGGCUCAGCCAGAGAAGGAGAAGAGCGACAUCCUGUCCCUGGAGGAGAUUCUGGCUGAGGGCACGGACCUGGCAGACGCUGCCCCGCCCGCCCUGUGUGCCAGCCGCAGCAGCAAGGCCAAGCUGAGGGCCCUGAGGGAGGCCAUGUACCACAGCGCUGAGCACGGCUACGUGGAUGUCACCAUUGACAUCAGAAGCAUAGGUGUGCCCUGGACCCUGCACACGUGGCUCGAGUCCCUGCGGGUCGCCUUCCAGCAGCACCGCCGGCCGCUCAUCCAGUGCUUGCUCAAGGAGUUCAAGACCAUCCAGGAGGAGGAGUACACGGAGGAACUCAUCACCCAGGGCCUGCCGCUCAUGUUCGAGAUCCUGAAAGCCAGCAAGAAUGAGGUCAUCGGCCAGCAGCUGUGCGUCAUCUUCACACACUGCUACGGGCCCUAUCCCAUCCCCAAGCUGGCAGAAAUCAAGAGGAAGCAGACCUCGCGCCUGGACCCUCACUUCCUCAACAACAAGGAGAUGUCCGACGUCACCUUCCUCGUGGAAGGGAGGCCAUUCUACGCUCACAAAGUGCUGCUGUUCACAGCCUCCCCGAGGUUCAAGGCCCUCCUGUCCAGCAAGCCAGCCAAUGAUGGCACCUGCAUAGAGAUUGGCUACGUGAAGUACCCCAUCUUCCAGCUGGUCAUGCAGUACCUCUACUACGGAGGCCCUGAGUCCUUGCUCAUCAAGAACAACGAGAUCAUGGAGCUCCUGUCCGCCGCCAAGUUCUUCCAGCUGGAUGCCCUGCAGCGCCACUGCGAGAUCAUCUGCGCCAAAAGCGUCACCACAGACAACUGUGUGGACGUCUACAGCCACGCCAAGUUCCUUGGAGUCACAGAGCUCUCUGCCUACUGUGAAGGCUACUUCCUGAAAAACAUGAUGGUCCUCAUUGAAAACGAAGCCUUCAAGCAGCUCCUGUACGACAAAAAUGGCGAGGGAACAGGCCAGGAUGUGCUCCAGGACUUGCAGAGGACGUUGGCCAUCAGGAUUCAGUCUAUCCACCUGUCGUCCUCCAAGGGCUCGGUGGUGUGAGUGUCCAGUGCACGGAGGUGGCCCGGGGACUCCAGCUGUCCCACUGCCCUGGCUGCACCAACACAGGACCCUACCUGGCGUCUGUGGCUCAGCCACACAGCAGCCUCCACUGCCUCGGCUGUGCUUAAAUCGGUGAGCGCAGCUCCCACACGUUCCUGUUGGAACUCAGGGCACGGAGCAGGGUGCAGCAGGUGGGGCACCUCCAGUCCACAUGGGGCCACCAAGACAACUCUGGCCUUGUGGCCGGGGUUCCCUGGAUGUGCUGAGGCCAAAAUGCUGCUCAGGCUCUGGGCUAAACCGGACUGCGCUGACCUGGAAGCACUCGUGUCACACGCCUGAGACCUCGGCAGCUGCGCAGAGCGAAGGUCAAACCUGGCAGCUCGUGGAUGAGGCUGUUCACGGGAUGAGGAGAUCACCCGGCCCACUCCAGGGGUGGGAGCUUUUUAAAACUGUUCGUACCCUAACAACAACAGGGCAGUUCUGUAGUUUAAAAUAUAUUUCUAAAAGCUUAACAGUCCAUUUUCAACUGAAUUGUGUUUAGGGCUCUGUGUUUCGAGGUUCUUUUCUUCUUUUUUAAACAGCAAGCCGCAGGCCCACACUGUGUACACACUCGGUCCGCAAGUUCUCGCUGAUAUUCCGGACAAGGUGAAAGGACCAAGCCUUAGUGAGCACAGUCACGCAGAAGGGGUGCACUGCCAGCUCCGUUCCAGUAACCUGCAUGUUAAUCGGGGUGAGGCUAGCACGCCCCACAUGACCGCACGCAUCUGCAUGAGCCGCCACCUGUAUGACGUUAUGUUUGCGCUUCAUUUCUUGCCAAGGUAAAACUGUCCCAUCAGUUCUUGCUUAGAAGUCCGCCUGGCGACACUCACACAUCCACUUCUCUCAUCACGGAUGAACUGGGAUGCUUUCGCAGAAAUGCGCCACAGAUGAUGUUGGGGGGUGGGGGGACGCACGUCGGAGAAUUUUCUCUUAACUCAGAGUUUUUGCUGUAUUCUCAGAAGAUGUUAAUAGUUUGUUACUAGCCAGAGAGUAUGACUAUGUUAGACUAUUUUUCGAGAUGAAUCAUGUAUGAUAGGAGGUACUUUCUGUAUUCCGACAGUGUACAGUUAGGAUUCUCUAAUGAAAGUCUAUAUCAACAGGGUUAUGUUCGCCUGCCAUAUAUUAUAUACAUAUCUAUAUUAUAUAUAAGCAAAAGAGAUUGGUGAAGUGCCACAGUAUUCCAAUAGCUUCUGAGUUGCGGUCUUUUUCCUGUUCUUUAAAUUGGAACCUAGAACGUGUGUGGUUUAAAACUAGGAGAAUGACUCUUACCCUUUGGAGUGGCAGGGCCUGGUCGACAAACCCAUUUCCUAGCAUGCCUGCGGAAAGCUGCGCCGGACUCCGGGUUCUGAGGCACUGCUGUCCGCCCUCCUGCUUGUCCCCUCCGCCCUCGGACAAGUCCUUCCGUGUGUGGCCCGCGUCUGUCGUCUGUCCCCAGCACUGGCUCCUCUGAUGUAGCCAUGGCUUCUCUUCCCCAUGGUCAUCUGCAAACCUCUCUCGUUUCAUGGUCCCCCAAGGAAGGAGGACACCUGUGCUGCCCACAGAGGGGGCACUGUGGCACAGACCUCAGAUCAGCCUCGUGCGGGCGUCCCUACUACCAGCGACUUCUCCGCGAGUGUCUGGUGUGCACUGGGGCCUGUGGGUUUUGGUUUGUACCUGGGCAACCCCCGCCGGGCUUCUGUCCCAGUUUGGUGUGCUCUCUCAGUCA